AUGACCACUGGUCAGGUGCAUGGCGUGAUGGACGAAGACACUUAUCGUCUGAUAGUCCUGGUCUAUUUCGUCAUCACCCUCAUCAUCAGCCCUCUAGGCAUCAUCUUAAACAUCAUCAACAUCGUCGUUUUCUGUAAACUUGGCUUUAAAGAGAGCACCAACAUUAUCCUGGUCAGUCUGGCUGUGGUGGACACCUUCAUCUUGCUGACGUUACUGGGGCUGUCCGUAACUUCAACCCUCACUACCUUGGGUGUGGUGACCUGUGACGUUAUGGCCUCCGUGACCUACAUAAUUCUGGGUUGGCCAAACGUUACAACACUUCGAAUAUCGGGUUGUCUGACAACCUACCUGACCUUUGAAAGGUUUCUGUGUGUGGUCCUACCACUGAGGGUCAAGACAAUCUUACAGAAGAAAACGGCCUUGACAUUUAUCAUAGCGCUGUGUGUGUUCACGAUCGCGUACUCAUUUCCCAUUUUUAUGACCAACAGCAUCGGUCUGAGGUUCAACCCCAUGUCAAACCAAACCUCUGUUGGACUUAUCGUGGCGGAGAACAGCGACGUUCUCGAGGGUGUGGCGAGAAUCAGCUCAACAGCUAACAUUUUCGUUUAUCUGAAGAUGAGUUCUAAAUUUAGAAACGCUUUCAUGGAAAUAUUUCCUUUUGGUAAUCACGGAAUCUGUAAUUAA